AUGAAUAACAUUUGUGGCAGCAGCCUCAGCAGCAGUAGGUCUCAAUAUACACAAACAGAAAAGCAGGAUUCUCCGAUACAACACAGCGUGCACCAAUCCAGUCACAAUUGACGGAGAAGAUUUGGAAGAUGUAAAAACCUUUACGUAUUUGGGCAGCAUCAUUGAUGAACAUGGUGGAUCUGAUGCAGAUCGGCAAAGCAAGAGCAGCAUAUUUACAAUUGAAGAACGUCUGGAACUCAAAACAACUGUCAAUCAACACCAAGGUCAAGAUUUUCAAUACAAAUGUGAAGACAGUUCUACUGUAUGGGGCGGAAACCUGGAGAACUAUGAAAGCCAUCAUCCAGAAGAUACAGGUAAUUUAAUUCUUUGCCAAAAUUGAAUUUAACUAAAUUUAAUGAAUUUAAACAAAUCAAUAAUGAUAUAAAUAAAAAAUGUUCAAUUCCACAAAUGGAUUUAUGGCCAAAUCAUAUAAAUAAUAAUAAUAAUAAUAUAAUAUUUCCUAAAUGUAAACAAUCAUCAUUAUUUAAAUUCUAUAAUUUAUCUAAUAAAAUAAUUAGUAUCCAUGAUUAUUUAUCAUUUCAUAUGGGAAAAUUAACAAUCCAUCAUAAUAAUAAUAAUAAUAAUAAUACAAUUGGAUUAAAUUCUAGCUUAGUUACAUGUUCAUUAUUUCCAAUAAAACGAUUAAAUGAUUAUCAAUCAAUUUAUUUAAAUGUUAUUGAACAAAUUUAUCAUGGUUAUCAAUCAGAAUGGCCAAUGUUUAUGGUAAUGUGUCAACCAAAACAAAAUAUAUUACUUUUACAAUCUUAUUUAAAUUGGAAUAAUACAAAAUUAAAUCAAAUUGAACGUUUAUUUAUAUGUGGUUCAUAUCAAAACAAUAUAAAACAAAUCAAAUCAAAUAGGACAUUGACUAAAAUAAAACAAAAUAAAUUAAUGUUUAAUAUAUUACUUUUAGGUAUAGAUUCUAUAUCACGUUUAUCAGCAUAUAGAUAUUUAACUAAAACAAUGAAAUUUCUUCAAUCAAUUAAUGAAAGUUCAAUUAUAAUGAAUUUAUAUAAUGUCAUUGGUGAUGGUACGACAGUAAAUUUAUUAGGACUUUUAACUGGACAAUUAGAAUCAGAAUUACCAGAAUCAAGAAAAUCUCAUAUGAAUAUAAAUAAAAAUAAUUUGUUAUUAAAUAAAUUUAAUAAUUAUACAAUAUUAGAUAAUUAUCCAUGGAUAUGGAAAGAAUAUACAGAUUAUGGAAAUUAUGUAACACAUUAUAUUGAAGAUACACCUAAAUGGGGUACAUUUCAGCAUAGAUUAUGUGGUUUCGGUUCAGUUAAUAGUCCAACAACUAGUUAUGGACGUCCAUGUUUAAUAGCAGCACAUCAAGAAGAAAAUUAUUCUGGGAAAAUACUUGGAUGUACAAUGUCAAGGUAUACACAUCAAGUUCUUUUAGAAUCUCUUACAGAAUUUUUCGAAACCUAUUCAGAUAGACCGCGUUUCAGUUUGACAUUCUUAAGUGAAUUAAUACAUGAGAAUCCAGCAUAUGUAAAACUUAUAGAUGAAGAUCUGUCGAAAUUAAUUCAACGUAUUUACUAUGAAGAUUUGAGGUUCAAUGGUGGAAAUAUGAAGGCAUCGAGUAGCUCAAGCUAUCCGUUUGCGAAUACAUUAGUAGUAUUAUUCUCUGAUCAUGGACCACGUAUGGGUGAUGCACGACUUUCGGUUCAAGGUAAAUUAGAAGAAAGAUUACCAUUUAUGUCAAUUAUUGCACCGAAAUUAUUCAAAGAAAAAUGGUCUAUUCAAUGGGAUAAUAUAAAAUAUAAUCAAAAUAGAUUAAUUACUUUAUUUGAUUUACAUGCAACAUUACGUGAUUUAUUAAUGAAUCAAUUAAAAUUACAUAAUAAUAAUAUUGAUUUUAUUAAAAUAUUCAAUAAAAUUCAUAGGAAUUUGCAAAUUAAUCCUUCACAUGGGUUAUCUUUAUUUAAUAAAAUACCAUUAAAUCGUAAUUGUGAUGAUGCAUAUAUUAGUUCACAUUGGUGUGUUUGUUUAAAAUGGAUCGAAAUAGACCAUAAUAAUAAUAAUGAUAAUAAUAACUUAAUAUAUAAUUCAAAUGAUCUUAUUAUAAAAAGUACAAAUGUAAUUAUUACUAAAAUUAAUGAAAUGAUUAUUAAAUAUAAAGCAAAUUUAACUAAAAAUGGACAAUGUUCAAUGAUUAAACUUUAUCAAAUUAAAUCAGUAGAACAAGCUAUACUACCACAAGAUAUGGUUCGAUUUAUUCGCAGUCAAGAUGAAGAUGGACGUAUACCAAUGUUUCAAGAACAAUCUACUUCAUCAUGGUCAUUACUAGAUUGGAUUAAAAAAUUCAAUAUACUAAACAACAAUAAUAAUAAUAUUAACAACAAUAUUUUUAAUCAUGAUUUCAUUCAUGAAAGUAUACUUUUACGUAUACAUAUUAUAGUACAACCUGAAUAUGCACAUUUCGAAGCUACUGUUAAAGUGAAUAUAACACAGCAUUCAUUGAAUAAUUUUCAUGUAAUGGAUAUAAGUCGAAUUGAUCUCUAUGAACAACAUAAUUGGUGUUUAUCGGAUAAUGAGUGGGCAGAAACUAAACAAUAUUGUAUAUGUCAAAAAUACACUUAAAAAUGUAUAUAACUGUGAAUUAAAUUACAUGUAAUAUAUAUACAGAUUCCUAAUGGAUAGGUUGUCUACAGUUGACUGAUCACUAGAUAGUACUACAGGAGGUGGGCUGCAAUGCGGAUAACCUUUAGUGGCCCGUUAUUUUACGCCAAUCGGAUCGUACGAUAUUGUUGACGAACUCAAAACAUUUGUGGCCUUAUAUCUGACUCCAUUAAUAUCGUAUGAUUCAUUACUAUUGAAAUAUACAUGUUGCCAAACCUCGCAUAUAAUUAUCGACUUAACUCGUGUUAGUGAAUAACAGAAUUAAAUAAGUCAAACACGAGAAUGAAUUCCAAAGACGUAUAUCUUACAAUCGUUGAUCCAGACAAACGAGGAGAAGAAAGUGAAACGAAAUGGCGUGUAGUGGCGUGAGCCAACUCCAUAUAAUCAAGAGUUAAUCGAUAUUUAUAGUUGAACAAAAAUAAAUUACAAGCAUGUAAUGAAUAAGAUAAGGAGUGAGCAUACAUACAUCCAUAUAAAAGCCGUUAACGUUGAAAGGCGAAUAGUUAACAAGAUCAAAGUGUGACUCAAGGUGAAUGAAUGGAAUGGCCUGUCCGGAAGCUAAGACAAGUUAUGUGGGCUUAACAUAGUAACCAACACUACAAGUAGUAACUUUUCUGACCUUAAGGUCGGGUGACACGGGAUCAAAUCUGCCAAGGAGCGUUAGUUCCCUCAAGAUUACAGGUACAUUUUGCUGUCGAGUGCCAAACAGCAGGAAACCCAGGUUCAGGGUUUCCUGUCGACUACUUCCAACCACCACUUUACAUAGAUUAACUGUUCCAGUCAAAAUAAAUCACUAAUUAAAAUAAGCAAACAUAUAUAUGUUUGUUGAGGAAAUGUUUAAUUUUCAUCAUGGCAUAAUUUUAUUUGACUGAACACUGAAAAUAAAGAAGCACCAGACAUCUGUUCAAAAUAAACGUUAGGCUUUCAUCAAAAGACACUAUGAAACAGUCAUUAUCGUUACUGUAAGUAGUUAGAAAUCUUUCUUUUACAGACUCAUGUAGAUUUUUUUAUUGCUCAUAUCUAUUAAACCAUACAUUGUAGCUACACCUUUGUUGUUUUCAAAUGUUGGGUUAUCACUUUUGGGCUAUGGAGGACUGGACGUUUUUUACUUAGUGUGGGA